AUGUCCACCCAGACCGGCCUUGUCUCUCCAGCUCUCAAUUUUCAUCCCAACUUUUACUCCAGUCUCCAUCCUGCCAAAGGUCUGGGUGAGCUGAGCUUCAUGGGCUCCAUGGCUCAUCAGCAGCUGGAAAUCUCGAGAAAGUCCUCCCAUCGCAACUUUCUUCACCCCAGCAAGACUCACACCCUGUUUAGAAUCAACUCAAAAUCCUGGUACGACGAAAAUUACAGCCCCACCGACAAGCAAGGACAGAGCUUCUACGGCAUAUCAGGGGGCCAGGAGGGCGCCUGGGAAACGGUUUACACCACAUCGGGCCUUGUGCUUGGAGUGGCCAAGACCUUUGUGGCUCUUUGUAACAAUUUUCGAGUCGAUCUCCUUAUACCUGCAGCCAACAUUCUCAGUUAUAUUGAAAAGGCCGAAAUGCUACUACAAAGCGGCUCCGUCAUUGAUUUCGUCUUUGCAGUCGAAGAUCUUUACUUUAGCUUGUUUGCUCGGCUCGAGAUUGAGAUCGCCUUCCUUCACUUUUGCAUUUCCUUCGGUAUGAAAGGCAGCAGGAUACGCCGCAGGACAGACCAUGCUUUGCCAGAACCCAGCCACGUCUACACCAUCUUGACCGCGUGCAAGGAGAUUCUGAACGACAAAAAUGUUUGCUCAGGAUUUGAUGCACGUUUGGUUGACUACCACCAACGUCGCUUUGUUGAGGAGAUGACCCGCAAGUAUCAAGUCGAUGGAACACUGCCCCCCGACGCAACUGGCUAUCGUGCCCAUGUCGAAGAAGCCAUCCAAAAUCCCAGCUCGUACACAUAUCAACAGUGGCGCCAAGAUUUCCCAGAGCUACGGUCUCUACCUAUCGACAUUCUAGCUUUUCUUUCCGAGAAGUACCUGCCAAUAUACCCUCGCACCAUUUCCAAAAACAGCCAGAUGAAGUUCAACCUCCCGUUUGUCAGCCCCGAAGCUGCGAACCCAGCCAUGUGGGAAAAGGACAUGAUUCGCGCUCAUCGUCUUUGCGCCCUGGCCCAACUUGAGGGAAAGGCAGUAGGGGAGCUCCGCCGAGAGGAGGAACCAUUCAACGUGCUUCGGUAUGCGAGUGAACAAAAGUGCGUCUGCCUUGAAAUCUGUACCUGCUCCAAGUCGUGCAGCAAGUCCGGCAGCACACUCUGCCCUUGCUCUUCUCGCUGGGUACGAGGCAUCAUGAUCCAUCGUCCUGAGUACGAGAUAAGUUAUCCUGACAAGAGCACCAUCAUGGGAGAACUUGCCUACGAGUCGCUUGCAUGCCUCAAACGCGACGAGCCUGAGGAAGUAAUGUGUCGAGAGCUUUACGGCAGUAUCAACGUCAUCAGAACAGAGAUGGCGAAGCAGCGCUCUGCCUACCAGACCGAAGAAGUUGACAUUAUGCUGAUAUCUUGA